UCUGGGCAAGUCCUUGCCAGUUAUAUGCGCUGCCCUAGUUGGUUUUUAUCGCCUCCGCCCCAUACUCUCCGUAGCCUCCAUCAGCGGUACCCACUAACCCGUCCUAUUUUCCUCUCCUCCGAUCGACGGCGGUUUCUGCAGGUCAGGCGAUCUGCUGUGUUUCAGGUUGACAACGGAAGAACACAAAGGAAACGAUGGCGCGCCGCCGUAAGAAAGCCAAGCCGCCGGUUGAAGUCGACCGCCUCAGCGCCCUCCCGGACGAAUUGCUGCAUCAGAUCAUGGCGCGCGGCGGCAUCAGGGCGUGGGAGGUUGCUCGCACCUGCAUACUCUCGCGCCGCUGGCGCAAAGUAUGGGCCUCGGCGCCGUGCGUCGAUCUGCGUGUCUUUUGCAACGGCACCCACCGUCCACCACCGGAGAACUUCUCCAGGUUCGUCAAAGCCUUCCUGCGCAGGCGGAACCGGCGGGUGUCGCUGGAUACUCUCCGGCUGCUGCACGUACCCACCGAGUGCGACCACGAGAUGGAGGACGAUGAAGAACACGAACAGCCCUCCUACGAUGCUUCGGAUGUAGCGAGAUGGGUCACCCACGCCGUUCAGCGCCGCAACGCUCGGGUUAUCGAGGUCACCGAUCAUCCCGAGCACCUGAGCUGCUUUAAGAUCAAGAAACACGUGUCCUUCGCAUCCUCUCACCUCCAGCAGCUCAAGCUGUGGCAUGCAAGGUUGGGUGGCAACACGUUGGAGGACGUCUCCUUUCACUGCCCUUGUUUGCAGGUCCUGGAGCUCAAGGAAUGCAUCCUUGAAGGCAGCACCAACAUAUCAUCCAACUCCCUCUCGAGUUUGACUCAGGAAAAAUGUAGGAUCUGGUUGGACCUCUCCGUCAAUGCUCCCAAUCUCGUGUCGCUGCGCUGCGUCAAGCCGUUUAGCCGAGCUCCCUCCUUCGGUACCAUGGGCUCUCUGUCUACAGCCACCAUCAUCUUGCUUGACUCUUUCUUGGAAACUGAUACUUACCACAUCUGCAAAGAGCACCCCGAUUCUAAAUUGGGUUUAAGUUAUUCCGGUGACGAUGCGUCUUAUCUCUACGAUGAUUUCUAUGGUUGUGAUACGGAUAGCAUUAGCACAUGUCAAUACGGCGAGCUUCCAGAUGAUGAUGAACACAGCUCCGCCGAUAGUGAGGAUCGAAGCAAAAAUGGCAGCAACUCAAGAUUAGGUGGUGGUCAUCGCAACACUACAGUUUCUGGUGGAGAAAAACUUCUACUCAGCAUUUCCAAUGUCACUAGUUUGGAUCUCAUUGCUGCUCCUGGAGAGGUGAUUCUGAACAGGGAACUGAAAACGUGUCCAAUGUUCAGCAACCUGAAGACAUUAUUCCUUGGUGAAUGGUGUCUGGCCGAUGACUUUGGUCCAUUAAUUUCCUUCCUAGACCAUUGCCCAAUUCUGGAGAGGCUCUCUAUUGAACUUAAAUCGGGUAAGGAUAGAGCUGUGGCAAUGCCUGUCAGUAAUAGACAACUGACCGGUAGAUUGCUUGCGUGCGCAUACCUUACAAAGGUGAAGAUCAUCAAGUGUUGUGGGGAUGAUGUAAGAGUCGGUGCGUUGGUACGAUUGUUCGUGGAUAGUGGCAUGGACAGUAAGAAGAUUUUUGUCCGUCAGACUCGAAAAAAUUGCCUGCUCACCAGCACAACUGAGGUUGCCCUGUAGGAAAUGCAGUCACGGUGUGUAACCAAGGCUAUGACAUGCAGGAAACGUCAAUUUUCAUGGAGCAUAGAUUAUGCCUAGCUAGCUGUUGAAGGGUUUUGCAGUGAACUUUGGAGGAAGCCUAUCCUAGUGUCAUAAUGAUCUUUUUCUAGUCGAAGGGUUAACAUUAUAGCAUAUAAUCCAUGGUUUGGAUCAAGAAAAUAAAUGGUUAACUGUCCAUCAAGAUGCUUUUUUUAGGCAGCACGGAUUAUGCCUGUAAACCAUAACAGAUUGUGGUUCGUCUUUUCGGAGCUGGCAUGCAAACUGCUUUGUCUUCUCUA